GGUUAGAUUUGUCAAAACAGUGCCGUGUUGAGACGUUUUCCUGACAAACUUCCUAAACCCAGAAAGUAAUCCCCCAACAGAGACACAUCUUCUUAAGAAGCCUUUCACUCAUACUCUCCUUUAAGAACGAUCUGUCUCUGCGUAUCGAGGAUGGCUGAACCAAGUUAUCCACCUUUAUCCUCUCCCGUCGCUGUGAUAGGGUCUCAGUUCAUAGUACCAUAUCAAUUUGAUUUUAUAGUUGAUAGAAAUUCAAGAGGAAACCUUGUGAUUAAUGAUAUGAGCCAUAAAAUCAUGCUCAAAGUAAAACCAUGUGAUACAUCCUUUCAUCAUCAACGACUGCUACUCGAUGUUGAUGAAAAACCCAUCGUUUUGAUGCGUAAGAAGAUCAUGAGCGAACACGAUAGAUGGAAUGUAUUUAGGGGUAACAGUAAAAGCAAAUCGGAAAUGAUAUUUACUACAAAAACACCUGACAUGAUGCAGUCUAUGACUAAUGUACAUGUGCUCUUGGCAAACAAAACCGGUAGUAAAGAUGUUUGUGAUUUCAAGAUGACAGGAAGCUGGUCGAAGAGAAACUGCACUAUUUAUAUGGGAGAUACUUCAACAACAAUAGCCCAAAUGAAUAAAAUGCAAUCAUCUGAGAAUAUAAAGUUGGUUAAGAACAAAUUCAUGGUGACAAUUUAUCCCAAUGUUGAUUACGCCUUUGUGGUUACACUUAUAGCGAUUGUUGAGGCUAUGAAAAGCUCUAACUCUAACACAAAAGGUGAAGUUGCUGUGGAACUUACUACAUCAGGAGUGGGUGACGUUAUUGGUGCAAUUUUUUCCUAGUCAUAUUAGUCGCAUUCUCUAUGACUAGAUUCCCUCUGGAUUGUAUUAUAGAAUGGUAUAUAGUUUGUCCCUCAUAUCAUCUUUUACCAUGGCUAUGGAUAUGGUAUGAUUAGCAAUUAAAAAUGACAGGAAUUGUGGUUCCUUAAUUCUGUAAGAAGAUAUAAUAUAGGCUCGUUAGUGUAAUUUGUGGAAAAAAAAAGUGGUUAGGACAGUUUUGACAUUUUGUAUAAAUGUUUAGAAGUAGUUACAAAACCAUCCAACAAGUAUCAAAGAUCAUCCCUAUUCUAAUAAAAGAAUAGUUUUAUUCUCCU